UGUGGCUCCUCUUUCACCACAAUUUCCUUUUUUUGAGUUCUUCCUAUCACCGUAAUCGAAUCGAAUUGCACCGCACUCUCCACUCGUUGUCAUGAUGAGUGAAGAUGGCAGCGACGGGUCCAUUGAUAUAGGACGGCAACUACGGGAGUCUGACGAGCGGAACAAGAGGAAGAGAGAAGAAGCGGAAGCCGAGGAUUCUGAGUCGUCAUCGAGGAGUAGCCGUGCUGCCCCAGUCCUGGCCCCAGUCGCAGUCGCAGUCCCAGUUGCAGUCGCAGCCCCAGUCGCAGCCCCAGUCGCAGCUUCCCUCCCUCGUCCACGUCUAAGCUUGCAUGAAAUACAACACCGACACCAGAUGCAGAUACAGCAACUGCAUCAACAUCGUGCUCUUGUAGUGCCGGCACCUCCUUUGGAAUACUACGAGGAUGAGUUUGGCCAAGACAUGUACAUGGGGCAACUCAAAGCCCAGGAGUUACGGGAACGACCACCACGCCAUAGGAUGGGGCGUGAUGAAUCUCCUUUGCCUAUGGUAAAUUCCAGGUCCGCCUCACGGCAGAGAGAAAGGCUGCCAGGGAGGUUGAAAGGAAGAACAAAGAAGAACAAAAGCUUGCCGCAAGGCUUGCCAAGAAAACCGAAGAGGCUAGGCUGGCCAAGGUUGUAGCAACAAUGAUUGAGGGGUAUCAGCACGCUGAUCACAAGCAUAAAAUUGGAAUCGGGCAAGAGAAGAGCCCUAAAGACGGCGAGAUUUACAGUGUCGCUGUGUCAUUCACAAUGCGUAAAGGAAAACCAACCGAGGAAGUGUUGGACUUAACCAAAUUCAACAGCAAGGAUAUUCGCGCUUUUGCUCUAAAGUGUGGAGUGAAGGGAGCAGGUAGCAAGAAACUGUACGAUUGCAGGAUGGAGAUUGCCCGCAGUGUUCAGAUGGGAACGAUGUACAACGACCAAUCUAUUUCCAACCCAGGAUCGUCUUCCGCAACGAAGAGGAUCAACACUCUCAUUAAAGUAUUGAAUAUUUGCUUCCACGCUAACAAUUUCAAUGACUUUGUUGCUCUCAACGACAGUAAGCAACGAAAGGACUACGAACAACAGCCUCUCUCGGAGCAUGGAGUUACAGGAAAUCCGGUGAAGGACUUUUGGGUUCUUGUGUCGAGCGAAAUGAACGAGACAUCGGACGACUCUUUCGAUACCGUCUUAGGGCUGAUAGAGGGGGAAGACGACAGGCUCUUUGCAUGGAACGAAGAACACGGUUUCAACCUGAAUGACAUCAACCGUGGACAGGAUUUUAAGUCAGUUCGACAGCUUGUGUGUGAUUUGAUGAAAGCGCGGGAGAGAUGUCAGUUGGAAAUGAAGAAGUCUGGCGAGGGCAGCAACGAUCUGUGGACGUACUGCACAAAUCCGAAGUUCACUAAACCCCGGCAAUCUACUGCAGUUCUACCGGCGGUUGCUGUCUACUACUGUAACCAUCUUUGCCUCAUACAUCCGGCCGUUGAUGGCAAGUUCGCUGCGUUUAUGAGCGACAAUUUGAAGAGUGACUCUACGAUAGCAUUUACUGGGAGUGCCGAUUCCGGCGGUGGCAAAGGUGGCAAGCAAGCUGUUGUGGCCGUUAUGGAAGCUAUCACCAAUGUAAGUACGGAUCUUAAGGAAUCAAUGUCAAUCCGAAGGAAAGAUAUGUCGUCAUCAGAUGAAGCCUCCAAAACGAGUGUUUGGAAUGACUAUUUCGACAUUGGCGAUCGGUAUUGUAAAUUGAAGGCGGAUAUCCGCAACGGGGAUUCGUCCAAAGCACGUAUGGUUGCAGCCAUGGAACUCCGUAUCGAACAACUUGAAGCGGUCUUGAAGAUCGUGCCGGCCAAGUCAGUUAUUGAAACAGAGGAAACUGGCGCUAAUAUUUAA